AUGGGCUCUACAUCAAAUGUUGCCAAGACUAUUUUGGUCCCUGCAUCAAUUGCACUGUCGUUCUAUCUCCUAUUCUCAUUCCUAAUUAUUCCGUUCUUCCGGCGCUAUCAUCAACGGUACUCCCAAUACCUCCCUCUUCAUACUAUUUCCGCACAUACCCUGUCGGUCCGGGAUCGUAUGGCAGAUGCAGUCAUGCGCUGCUUUCUUCCAUCAUCAUGGCGAAGAGGAGCUCAUCUAGAUGAUCAUGACAAUAUCGACAUUGACGACGACGAAGGGGAGCUUAUGGUUGGCAUGGGCAUGGACGCGGCCCGACGGGAAGCCUUGGAGCGCCAUCGGAGCGCCGCUACAGAACCCCAGCCUCGACUUAGCCGAGAGCUAGAGGAAGGUUUUAUGGAUGAUAGUGAUAACGAGAGCAGUGAGGGCCGAGACAAUGGGAGAAAUCGAAUUUAA